AUGUGGUUACCAGACUCUCUCUUCCCUUCCCCCUCCCCUUUCCUUCCAUCCCUUCUGCUCCAAUCCCCGUUCUCCACCUCCUUUCCAACACCUCCCUCCCUCUCCACUUGCCCUCCCCUCCACUUCUCCCUCUCCACUUAUCCCCCCCUCCACUCCUCCCCCUCCACUUACCUGCCCCUCCACUCCUCCCUCUCCACUUACCUCCCCCUCCAGUCCUCUCUCUCCACUUGCGCGCCUCUCGAGUUCUUUCUUUCCACACACCCUCUUCUCAGAUUCUCUCUCUCCUCCCACUUCCCCUGCAAUCUCCUCCCCAUCAGCCUCUUCCCCGUUUUCUUUUUAGCUGUUCUUAAAUCCCACUCCAAUCCCUACUUUUCCCUCCGUUCGCCCUCCCCCCCGCCCCCUCUCCCCCUUCCCCCCUGCGCCUCUCUCUCCUUCUUCUACUCUUCCCCCCCCGCCCGCCUGCACCCCUACAGCAGCCUGGGCAUGAACCCAGGACUCCAGGCCUCCUUUGCUUCGCAGCCGUGUGUCUUUCCGACCACUAUCCCCCUCUCUCCUCCUCGUCUCCCCCUCUCUCCUCCCCGUCUCCCCCUCUCUCGCCCCUGUCUCCCCUCAUAA